CGUGCGCACGUCACAACAUCGAUAUCUCACCAUUCUCGAUCCAUGGCGACCUUGCCCUGGAGAUCUUGGCCUCGUCAGUCGUUAGUUGUGUUUUUCGCCAUCCUUCGCUUGCGAGGAAAGCAAGGUUCUGCACUGGGCAGUGGGAAUCACUGCUGUGGUUGGACGAGCCGGGAAGUGCUACCGACGUACGGCGAGUGGCGAGUGGCUACGUUCUGUGGCUGGUUGGUUGGUUCCAUGGAUAUGGCCAUUGGCCGCUAGCGCCUAGCGGGGGUGUCUCGCCUACUCUACUCUACGAGUAGAGCAGAGCAGAGCAGGCUUCGAGAAGAUGCGAAACCGGUAACUGGUGAUAUCAUUCAUGGCAGCGAGCAGAGGGCAGCGAGCAGAGGGCAGCGAGCAGAGGGCA